AUGCUUCCGCAAGACAAACGCUAUCGCUACGUCCGAUGUAGGGAUACCCAACCUCUUGUCUCCGAUGCUUUCGCGUGCCUGCAAAACCUCCACCACGCGCCCUCCACUCUUAACAUCGGCCGCUGGAUCGCGCAGAUCGACGAGCCUCCACAUCUGCCUCCACCUUCGAUACUAUUGCGGCCGCGGCAUCGGCACGACUAUUCCCUACGCGAGAUCUCAUACAAUCGGCGGAAGAGGAAGAUGGAUGUAGACGAGACUACGCCGCGCGAAAGGAAGAAGACCCAGCGUGUUGAAGCCCUAGAUGCCGGGCGCAUGACGCGCCGGCGGGCCGCAGAGAUGGCCGCGGGGAAAGAUGCUACGGAGAAAGAUGCGGGUCAGGUCGUUCCUAAAGCGGCCCGUGCCGUAUCUAAAACAAAUCGGACCGUUUCUAGGGAUACUCAGACACGAGAGGCCGCUCCGGGGGAGUGUCAGAUUGUUUCCAGCGAUUCCAUCUUCGACGACCGACCCGACUUUUACAUUCCGUCGUUUCUCACUCGGACUAUGACCCGGUCGAUAUCGACAAGGUCACCUUCGCGCUCUUCAUCACCGACCAAGAAAUACAACAAGCGCGUAAGUAAGAAGGAGAGCCUUAUACUUAUAAUACCGCGUAUCGAGUUCAUCGACUUUAGAGAGGCACAGCGCCUAUACUUACCCGCCUUGGUCCAAGACAGCUGGACCAGCUGCGUCAAGGUUAAAGGACUACAGCUACAGGACCCGAGGGAUCUCAUUACUAGAGACAUUCCACUAAAUACGGUAGAUCUCGACUUAAUCCGGUUAACAGUAGCCGACGCUGUUAAGAUAGCGGCGAAGUUCCGCUCCUCUUCUACUAUAGAGUCGUACUAA